AUGACGACGAUGACGAAUCCGCCGCCGAAAAGAGACCCAAAAGAGCCGACGCCGUUGGUGCUGAUGCAUCCCGAGUUGCGCGUUCGCCAACUUCGCUAUGCGGCCAAUAUUGAUGCGAGUCAGAUGGUUCCACUUCAUCGAUACUACGAAGUGCUACUGGAUCUAUCCCAAAUGGGCCUGGAAUAUCUGAAAGCGAUGAAAUUGGAGCGCGCAUUCAUCAUUUUCAAACGAAUCGAGUACUUUUUGUUCCACCGUCUCAACGAUCACAUCGGCGUCAGCACAUUCUCAUCAAUCGCCAAGAAUAAGAUAAUGGCUCGGAUCCCGAUGAUCAUGUUCGUGGCUCAACAGAUUAUCAUCGAUUUCGUAAUGCCUGUUUACGAGCGACAGGCCGCCUACUUCCGCUACGAGGAGCUCCAACGUCGUCUACGCAUUCUGAAUGCGCCAGCGUGGCAAAGUAUCCGUGUGGAAGCUGCCAGAAGAGAGGCGGAGUUUUAUAAAGAGGCAGAGUCGAUUUCCACGAGGUUCGGAGUGGAAUUGGCGAGUUUUCUACCGCAAGAAGUGAUUCCCGAUGACAAUCACCCUUCGAAUUUCCCUCCUAGAACUCAUCUAGCGUCUGCCAGGAAAUCAGACGUCACAGUGGAGAAUGCCAUUCAGGCAGCUAUCGAUGCCAUGAAUCAGAGUCUAGAGAAGCCACAAGAGUUCAUUGGAGGGCAGACUGGAGAGCAGCAUGUCGAUGUAUUGAUUAGGAAUGUGAAUUCUAUGAUGAACGAUGCCCUGAGCAACUUUUUCCGAAUCCGGGGCCUUGGAGCACAACCAUAUUCUUCUGUGAAUCACACAAGAGCAGACGCAAUAGAAGCUCAGGUGGUUCCAGAUCAAGCGGAACGCCGGAACACCUAUUCUCCUACGGUAGAUCAUAUGUAUCGGAUGCCACCGAUUCGGCCGAUGACUAGCAAUCCAGCCUAUGUGGAGACAGCUCCAGCUGAGACUAAGAAGAACCCUUUGGAAUACAAUCCAUCGCUCUCCCUAGACACCUACAUCGAUUUGCUACAGAAGACGUUCGAUAAGAAUUCCAAGUCUGUCACCGGAUAUCGUGUGAUGCAGAAACAAACUGUGACAGCUACCACCAGAAGUCUAGCCGGUGGAUAUAUGAUGCAUUUGGUGUCAAUCGCCUCCCUGCCACCCGGCUAUCCAAUGAAUGAGACAGAUGAAGUGAGCUUCCCAGGAAUCCGGCGAAUCGCUGCGGCUAGUGGAGUCUACCCGGAGCCGGAUCCAGGACGUCCGAGAGUGGAACCACCUACGAAGCCAAUGGCGAAGAGCCCGGAAGCUGGAGUGUCAUUUGGAGUAUGGGAGAAACGAGGAUCGGCGUGUGGUCCAAGUGGUGUUGGGAGUCUUGGAGUGCUCUCGGAUCUGGAUAGGGCGAGGGAGGUUUUGGAUGGAGCACCCCCGAUGCCACCGGCGAUCAAUAAAGUUGGAGCUGGUCUCCCUGGAGCUGGCCAUGGGCAGGGACAGAGCUCUCGCCAGGUUAAGAAGAGACCCUCGAUGCAAGGAGGAAGUAGCAAGGAGGACUACUCGAAACGAUACUCCAUGGGUGAUGGCGUUUUUAAGAUAGGCUCAAAAAAGCUCCAAAAGGUCCCUAAAAAAGGCCCAAAAAAGCUUCAAAAAAGCUCCAAAACAGCCCCAAAAAGCCCUAAAAAUUCUAAAAAUAGGCCUAAAAAAGCUCCAAAAAGCUCAAAAAAUCUCCUAAAAAGCCCUGAAAAUCUAGAAAAUAGGCCCAAAAAAGCCCAAAAAAGCUCCAAAAAGCCCGAAACAGUCCCAAAAAGCCCUAAAAAUUCUAAAAAUAAGCCCAAAAAAGCUCAAAAAAUCUCCCAAAAAGCCCCAAAAAGCCCUGAAAAUCUUGAGAAUAGCCCAAAAAAAGCUCCAAAAAGCACUAAAAAUCCUAAAAAUAUACUUUUUUUGGGCAUUUUAAUAUGGAAACCAGACGCCGUUCCGCACGUCUCCAACUUCAAACCCAAAAUUCUCAAAACGUCGAUUCACCGCCGAUUGUCGCCGUCGAACAGCCGAAAAAGCCACGUGGCAAGGCGAAGAAAAAUGAGGAGAAACCUCCAAUGGCAGCAAAGGCAGCACCGAAAAAGAGACCAAGAGGACUCUCCGACUCCAGAAGAUCUAGAAGACGUCGUUGAGAACAUUCAGAAGGAUUUUAGUGUCCUAAAAAAGCACGCAUUAUCCGAAUCGAGUAGUUCGGAAGAUGAGGAUCCUGUUUCAACGUCAAAAAUUGCUCAAAAACGAGUCAAAAAGACGUCAAAAUCUCCAGAAGACGUUCCAGAAGAUUCUUAUGCCGAAGAGCCGGCUAAAAAUAAAGAAUCCGACGACGAUGUGGAAAUCGACACUGCAGAAGCAGCUUCAGAAUCUUCAAAAACGAAUAAGAAGGUCCAGAAAGCUCCAGAUGCUCCAAUAGCUCCAAAAUCCAUGUCAUCUCGUUUUUCAAAAAUGGCUCCAAAAUUAGCUAGAAGUCUCCAGAAGACGUCAAAAUCUCCAGAGGACCUUCCAGAAGAAUCUGAUGCAGAAGAGCCGGCUAAAAAUGAAGAAUCAGACGAUGAAAUGGAAAUCGACGACUCCGAUGCUCCAGCGGCUUCAAAACCGACAAAAUCGAAUAAAAAUGGCUCUGGAGCUCCAAAAAGAGCCCAGAAAGCUGCAGAUGCUCCAAAAUCCACGUCAUCUCGUCCUCGCCGCUCGAUCACCACCUCUAGACGCGUCUCCUAUGUUCCCAAAGACCACCUUGCUGGGAUUGAAGAGAUGUCUUCUUCGUCGUCCGAUGAAGCCAGCGAUUCAGAUGACGUCAUGGAUUCAGAAGAGCCAAAGAAGGAACUGAAGCGUCUAGGAUCCAGAAUUCAGCAGAAGGGAGUGCCGAAAAAAAGAUCGAAAGCCUUCAAAAUCGAGUCGGAGGAGUCGUCCAGCGAUUCUUAUGAGUCUGGGGAGUCUGAGGAAUCUGAAAACGACGAUUCAGAAGACGUUGGAGGUCCAGGACCAUCCUCUAAAGCGUAUUCUAGAUCUCAUCCAGCCAAGAAGGGCAGAUUUGGGGGAAGUAAGGGCAAGAGCAGCAAGUCCAAGGGAUCCGACCAAAAAGACGCGCACUGGCCGAAAUGCUCCAAAGCCUCCAUCGCUAGAAAAACAGGAAAUCCAAAGAACUCGAAAAAUGUGAAAUCCGGACUUCGUAUGGCGGUGAAACAGAAGCCACCACAACCAUGGAAGAAGAAUCUGGCCAACUACGAAGCGGAUCGAAAGCUGGCGAAGGGAGAACGUCGUAUGCUGGAGUAUCGUGUCGUUGCUCAUGCCUAUGCACGUGGAAAAGUAGAAGAGGUCUCUUAUGAUGAGUGUUUUAAGAUUCAUGAGAAUAUGAAGAAGGCGUACUUCGAGGGCAGGAAGAUUAUCGAUGCAUUGGAACCCGAGAAAUUGGGUGGUGGAGCUGAUAAGAAGCACAAAAAACACGAGUCCCAGCAAAAGGAAGACUCAUCUGACGGUCAAGAGUCUUCUGAAGACGAAUGGGAGGAGAUGGAGCACUUCCAUCCGGUCCUUGAUGAGAAUAUCGAGGUUAGCAUUGAUCACGAAGCGAAUGGAGAAGAUGGAGAGGGGGAGGAAGGUGUUGAGAAGGAUUGGUGGGUCGUAUAUCUCAGACAAGAGGUCAAUAGGAAAAUUCGAGACGCUUGGGAGAAUACGCACAAGGUGCAUCUCCUGUGUUACAUGGCUCAUCUCAAACAAGUGGUUAAAACAGCUCUCGACGAGAGUCUAGUCCCCUCCCUAAUGAUGUCCCAACUUCCAAACGGCUACCUCAAAUACACUGGAGAAAUCAUUCCGAUCGAUGUGAUGACCAAUCUGGUGAAGUGGUACACCGACGCGUUCCGCCCACUCAACGGAGUUAUCUCUGUGGCUGCUAUCGAACAGGACUUGUCCGAUGGACACGAAGCCAGAUUCCCCGAAACGACUCGUUUGACAGCACUGGUCAAUGGAAAAUGCUACGAGACUGAUCUGGAUAGAGCCACACUACUGUUCUGCUUGCUGCGCGGUCUAGAAGCCACGUGUCGAAUUGUGGUGAAUGCGAGAACGAUUCCAAGACGAUGGGAUAAGAAUCAGCAGAAGGAGUUGCAGAAGGAGAUGGAUAAAUUUAGAGAGCUGAGUAGGUCGAGAAGUCAGACGCCGAAGGACGAGGAGCCAUCCACGUCAUCGGAUUCUAAGAAGGCUAAAGCCAAAAAAGCAAAGAAGGAAGAACGAAACUAUUGGGUGGAAUACUGGCAGCCGUUCGAGAAGCGUUGGAUUUGCAUUGAUCCUUUGCACAAAACGGUUGAUGAGCCGCUGACAAUCCACGUGGAUUCCACUAGUCCCAUUUCCUAUGUCUUUGGCAUUGAUCAUAGAUACGGCAUCUGUGAGCUCUCCCAACGCUAUGCGAUGGAUUGCGUCAAACAAGAAUUCCGACGUCGUCGUUGUGAUCCCAAAUGGCUUGCCUGGACCCUUUGCUCCACCCAUUCGCCGCAAACGCUGAACGAGCGAACCAUCUAUCCGCCACCGAAAAGCCAGAAUCCGUUGGGACAGAUUCGUGGACACAACGUCUAUCCGAGAUCGUGUGUUUUUACACUUCAGGGAGAGAAUAAUUGGUUGAAGCUGGCGAGAAGUGUAAAGAUCGGAGAGGAACCGUAUAAGGUGGUCAAGGCGCGUCCGAAUCCGAAAAUUCCGGUUGAAGAUCGUGAGGAUCAGUUUUUGAAUGUCUAUGGAUACUGGCAAACGGAGGAGUACAGAAGACCAGCAUUGAAGAAUGGCAAAAUUCCGCACAACGACUACGGUAAUGUGUACAUGUUCCAACCGAACAUGUGUCCGUUGGAAUGUGUUCAUUUGAAGCUACCAGGAUUGGUUCAAUUGAGUCGAAAACUCAAUAAACAGUGUGUGCCUGCUGUCGUCGGAUGGGCGUUCGAUGGUGGAUUCACGCAUCCGGUAAUCGACGGUGCAAUUGUUCUGGAAAAAGACGCCGCGUUAUUCCGUCGUGAAUGGGAGAAACUGGAAGAAGGAAAGGCUGAAAGAGAGGAGAAUGCACGUGUCGAGAGGAUUCAUGAGAAUUGGAAGAAGCUGAUCAAAGGAAUGCUUCGUUUGAAUUAUGUCAGGAAGCAGUUUGGACACAAUCAUCCACAGAAUCCGGAGAAGAAGAAGAAGACGUCGGAGAAGAAGAGGCAGGAUGUGGGAGACAUGGAAAUGGAUUCAGAUGAUGGAGGAGCUGGACCAUCGGAGCCACCACCGCGUCAUGAGAUUAUUGAUAAUUCGGAGAAGAUUGGACCGCUUGCCGGAUUCUCGUUGGACGAUUUUAUCAAUAAGAAGAAGUGA